AUGGCCAACGACAAUAAAAACUCGCAAGCCCAACCCGCAGAGGUUGCAGUCCCCGAAAAGGCCACCCUCUCAACCGCCACCACCGUCUGCGUCAUACCUGUCGAGGUCUCAACUCCUCGCUCCGAGCGCAGCAGCAACCCCUUCGAUACCGACGUCGAGGCUGCCUUGAUCUCCCAGUCUACAACCCGCAAGAGCUGCAACAUCCCUAGAAAUGGCGAGUGCCAGGUCUGGCCCGGCAAGCAGCACUGGAAGGACAAGGCCAAGGAUGCCAAGAUCAAGCGCAGCUGCACCUACAUGUCGAGGCUCAACCGCCGCCAGAAGAUUGCCGCCAAACUCCUCCUGAUUGCGCUGAUUAUUGGCAUCGCCGUCGGCGUUGGCUUUGGCGUCAGCAAACCGCUUGGCGCUCCUAUUUGGGGCAAGAAGGAUCCCUGA